ACAGAGAAAGGUCUUCCUUUUGCCGUUGGUUCACCCUCCAAUGGCUGGCGGCACGCUGCGGCCAGUGCAUCGCGCUGAUCCGAAGCCAGGAGCCAGGUGCUUCUCCUGGUCUCCCAUGGGGUGCAGGGCCCAAGCACUUGGGCCAUCCUCCACUGCACUCCCUGGCCACAGCAGAGAGCUGGCCUGGAAGAGGAGCAACCGGGACAGAAUCCGGCGCCCCAACCAGGACUAGAACCUGGUGUGCCGGUGCCGCAAGGCGGAGGAUUAGCCUAGUGAGCCGUGGCGCCGGCUUUGUAGUAUUCUCUUUUAAGUCUCAGUCUCUCUCUCUCUCUCUCUCUCUCUCUCUCUCUCUCUCUCUCUCUCUCUCUCUCCUUUUUAAUGUAAAUCAUUCCUGAUUUAAUAACUUGAGUGUUUUUAGAUAUCAGUCUAGCUGGAGCUUUGUUAACUUUAUUGAUCCUUUCAGAGAAUGAACCUGUGGGUUCGUUGAUUUUCUCUGCUGUUUUGUUUAUGUCCUGCAUGUGAUUAUGGCUAUUACUGAAGGUAUUCCUGUUACUAAAGUUACUGAUCUGAGGACUUUCCUAGGCAUUUAAAGCUGUGAGUUUCCCUCCAAGACCUGCUCGGACACUUCCCUUCCAUGUGUUGUGUUUUCCCAAUCAUUUAUCUUAAAGUAUUUGUUAAACUUCCUUGUGAUGCCUUUUUUGAGUUGUUGGUUAUUCAGGAGAGUGUUAGUAACAGCAUUGCCCUGUGACUUCCAGUCAGAGGCUCGCCCAGAUCGGCGCGCGGCCGAGCAGCUGCAGGGGGCGCUCUCGGCUCUCCAGGGCUCUUUCUCCUCGCUGCUCCCUUCGCCGGUCUCUGCCCUGAGAAUGCGGCCUGAUCUCUCUUCACCAGCCCUGUCUGGAUUCCCAUUUCUGAGGCUGGGCAGAGGCUCGACGCUCUCCUGUGUCUCAGGGACCACAGCCACCAUUGCCUGAUGUACAGGAUCUUGAAAACCAGUUUUAAAAGUUUUAUUAUUAUUAUUAUUGUUUCAGAUUGAAGGUCCAUCUGAUCCCAUUUACUACCUCUUGGCUAGAAAUACACGUUAUUUUUUUGUUUGUUAGUUUUAUUCAAAACAAAGUCAAAACAAAAUUAGGAAGUCUUUUAUUUUUAAGAUUUAUUUGUUUAUUUUGAAAGUUACAAAGAGAGAGAGACCUGAGGCUUCCCUCCACUGAAUCACUCCCCAGAUGUCCUCAACAGCUUGUGCUGGGUCAGGCCAGAGCCAGGAACCAGGAGUUUCCUCCUGGUCUCUCAUGUAGGUGCAGGGGCCCAAGCACUUGGGUCAUCCUCCACUGCUUUCUCAGGCCAUUAGCAGGGAGCUGGAUUGGAAGUGGAGCAGCCAGAACUUGAACUUGGUGCCCAUAAGGGUUACCGGUGCUGCAGUCACCAUCCCCAGGAACUUUUUAUUUUUUUAAAUGCAUAUAUAUAUAUACAUAUAUAGUUUUAAAGAAUAUUCAUGUCCUUCCUCCUAUAUAUAUUUAUAUGUAUAUUUAUAUAGUUUUAAAGAUUAUUCGUGUCCUUCCUAGGGUUCCUCCUCCCCACAUUUCGGGUAGUUUCUUCUGAACCUUAUGUUCUAUCUAGUUCAUGGAUUCUAUCUUCAUCUGAAUCUAAACUGUUGUCGAAGCCUGUGAGUUCUGAAUUUUGUUUUUUGUGUUUUUCAUGUCAAAAAAUUCUAUUUCAGUUUUUUGAAAGACUCUGCCACAUUUAUAGUUUCCAGUUGUUGCUAUAAAUAUUUACAAGCACAGUUUUAUCCUCUUGAGCACAAUAAGCACAUUCGUUUUACAGUUUCUGGCUGAUAGCUCAACUAUCUGGGUUUCUUCCGGUUUGUUUUUUUCUGCUGGCUCUCAGUCACGGUGUGCUACCUCAUGUUUCUGGUUAUCUCUGCUUAUGUGCUGGAGAGGUAUUUACGUUUUACUCAUGAAAGUAAUGUAAUGCUUCAGGGGAUGCCACCACUGCCCUGAGAGGACUUUUGUUUCUUUUGCCAGGCACAGGCAGGCACUAGCAAUCUGGGUUACUCUGCACCGAGUUCAGGGCUUGAGAACUUGAGAUUUUCUGAGUUCAGGGUUUGAGUCACCCAGAUGAUUCAAAGCUGGGCUGUUCUGCGUCUGAUUCACCCAUAUUCCGAGGGUGCAUCCCUUCUUGUUUUCAGCCCAAAGCAGGUGUGGUGCACCAUGGUCCACACCCAUCGCUUCCCUAACCCAAAACGGCUGCCAAAAAUGACACAGAGUCCCUGUGCUGCCCUUUCUGAAAGGGCAGCAGCAGCCUGAAUGCUUGAGUCUCCUGGUUGGGUCUUAUUCUGGUGACCCAGCAUCACGGUUUGGGUAUUUCCUGCUUCUCUGGGGGUGAUUUCAUGUUUUAUCAUGGAGUCUAGUUGCCUUCACCGGAAGGGCUAGCCCUUAUUACCUUGUUUGCAAUUGUUGGAAACCUUUCCAACUUUUAAUCUAAAGGUUUUUUUUUUAAAGAUUUGUUUUUAUUUGUUUGAAAGGCAGAGUUACAGAGAGAGGGGAGGAGGAGGGGAGAGAGAGCGCGCAAUCCUUCAUCUGCUGGUUCACUCCCCAGAUGACUGCAAUGGCCAGGGCUGGACCAGGCCAAAACCAGCAAUGCGGAGCUUCUUCCAGGUCUCCUACAUGGAUGCAGGGGCCCAAGCACUUGAACUAUCUGCUGCUGCUUUCCCAGGCCAUUAGCAGGGAGCUGGAUCAGAAAUGGAGCAUCCAGGUCUCAAACUGGCACCCAUAUUGGAUGCCAGUAUUACAGGUGGAGGCUUAGUGUACUAUGCCAGAAGGUUAAGUGUUCCUUUUGUCUAUUUUUGUGUGAAUUGUGAGGUACCAUUCUUAUUUCAUUUCUCCUCAUGUGCAUAGCCACUUUUCCAAGUGUACACCACAUAUGGGAGUUCCAUGACUGUGGGCUGUGCUCCUGGAAUGGGCUGACACCUGCAUCCUCCAGAGCCACGGGCUGGAAUCCUCACCCCCAUUGUGAGGGUGGCUGGAGGCAGUUAUGUUGAGAAUGGAAGCCUCCUGAAUGGGGUUCUUGUUCUCAAGAGCUCCCUCACCCCGUCCACCUUGCUGCCCAAGGACCCAGAUUGAGUUCCAGGCUGCAGGCUUAGCCUCAGCUGUUGCUAGUAUUUUGGGAGUGAACCAGAGGAGUGGAAUACUCUAUUUCUCUCUGUCUGCCUUUCAAGUAAAUAAUAAAUUAAAAAAAAUGUAAAUGUUAUUGUCUAUAAGCCACAGAGUUUUUAUAUGAUAUUUUGCCAUAGCAAUCUGAAUUAAGACAAUUCCAUUACCAUUUAUUUAUUUAUUUAUUUAUUUUUGACAGGCAGAGUGGACAGUGAGAGAAAGAGAGACAGAGAGAAAGGUCUUCCUUUGCUGUUGGUUCACCUUCCAAUGGCCGCUGCGACCGGCGCAUCACGCUGAUCCGAAGCCAGGAGCCAGGUGCUUUCCCUGGUCUCCCAUGCGGGUGCAGGGCCCAAGCACUUGGGCCAUCCUCCACUGCACUCCCGGGCCAUAGCAGAGAGCUGGCCUGAAAGAGGGGCAACCGGGACAGAAUCCGGCACCCUGACCAGGACUAGAACGCGGUGUGCCAGCGCCGCAAGGCGGAGGAUUAGCCUAUUGAGCCACGGCGCCGGCCAAUUCCAUUACCAUUUUUUGUCCCUGUAUAUACACUACUAAUGUUUUUUUAAGAUUUAUUUUAUUUAUUUUAAAGAGUUACACAGAGAGAGGAGAGGCAGAGAGAGAGAGAGAGGUCUUCCAUCUGUUGGCCUACUCCCCAGAUGGCUGCAACAGCUGGAGCUGUGCUGAUCCAAAGCCAGGAACCAGGAACUUCUUCCGGGUCUCCCACACAGGUGCAGGGGCCCAAGGACUUGGGCCAUCCUCUACUGCUUUCCCAGGCCAUAGCAGAGAGCUGGAUUGGAAGAGGAGCAGCCGGGACUAGAACCGGUGCCCAUAUGGGAUGCCGGCGCUUCAGGCCAGGGCUUUAACCCACUGUGCCACAGCACCGGCCCCAACACUACUAAUGUUUUAAUUACUAUAGCACCACAAUGAGAUUUGGGGUUGUGUAGGGAAAACUGAUCUGUCUUACUCUCUUGGACCUUUACCCUCCCACGUAAAUUAUAACUUUUUUUAAAAAAGAUUUAUUUAUUUAUUUGAAAGGUGGAGUUAUGGAGAAGGGGGGGAGGGGAGAGAGAUAGGUCUUCCAUCUGCUGGUUCACUCCCCAAGCCUGCAAGAAGGGGCAUGUUUCAUAACGUGCAAAGGUUGGCAGCUGUGCAGCAGAGCUGUCCAUGGUAACUGACUUACAGAAUCAAGUCUGGCACAGAACCGGCCUACACAGUUUUGUCUGUGGGCUGUGGUGACAAACCCAAGGGUGGGGGUGAGGCACGGGGUGAAGCCCCAGUGUCUGGGUUGAGUGGCUACUGCCACAUGUGUGUAUCACCUGCUGGGGGCGCCCUCCCUGCCCCUGCCUCUGAGCUUUCACCUGCUGGGGGCGCCAAGUGUUCAGGCUAGGUGCAGUCGCCUGCUGGGGGCGCCUUUGCGCCCAGGCUCCCAAGGCCCAGGCUCCCUCACGCGUCCAAGUCAGGCGCAUCCUUCCAUCCUCAUGGCACCCUUCUCAGGCCUGGGCUUCCUGCUACUAUUGCUGCUGCUGGUGACGAGGACCCCAGCCCCAGCUGAGGCAUGGGUCCGGGGACCUCCCAAGAGCCCAAGAAACUCCUCGCGCGGUGACCCCGCCUGCGGUCGGCGAGCGGUGCCGGGCAAGGUGCUGGGCGGCGCGCCGGCCACCGAGACCAGGUGGCCAUGGCAAGUGAGCGUGCACUACGCCGGCUUCCACGUAUGCGGCGGCUCCAUCGUCGACGAGUACUGGGUGCUGUCGGCGGCACACUGCUUCCACCGGGACAAGAGCUUGGAGACCUUUGACUUGUAUGUGGGCCUCACCAACCUCAAGGCAGCCCGCAACCACACCCAGUGGUUCGAAGUGAACCAGGUGAUUCUGCACCCCAGCUAUCAGAUGUACCACCCCAUUGGCGGGGACGUGGCGCUGGUGCAGCUCAAGUCCCGCAUCACAUUCUCCGACGCCGUGCUCCCUGUCUGCCUGGCGCCUGCCGAUCUAAACCUCACAGGCCUGGCAUGCUGGGCUACUGGAUGGGGCCUGAUCUCACAGCAAGGUCACUCCUCAGAGGAACUGCAGGAGGCCCGGCUGCCUCUGAUCCCGAUAGCCAUGUGCCGGCUGCUCUACGGGCACCGGUCCUACAUUAUGCAGGACAUGCUGUGUGCUGGAGACAUCUGGAACUGGAAGACUGUGUGUGAGGGAGACUCUGGGGGCCCACUGGUCUGUGAAAUCAACGAGACCUGGUUGCAGAUUGGAAUUGUGAGCUGGGGUCGUGGUUGUGCCCAGCCCAUGUACCCUGGAGUGUAUGCCCGCGUCUCCCAUUUCUCACGUUGGAUUCGCUAUCACAUACAGGUUGUACCCACCCCUCCUCAGCCGACCCCUGCCCUCUCCCCUGCUCUCCCCUCCACUCUCAGUGUCCUCGUGGCUAUGCUGGUCAGCCUCUCAGCUUUGUGAGGGCCAAGGCUCCCCUCCCGCUUCAGGCUUUCUACAGCUGCAUGCCCUGCCCCUGGCCUGGCACAGACACCUCCUGCCGAUCUCUCUCUGGAGCCAGGUGAGGGCCACCUGGACAGGCCUCGAUGCUGGGUCUGGGACAGCCUGGGACUGAGAGCAGAGAGGACACCAGGGCGGGGCCAAGGGCCUGGAUUCUGUGUAUCUGGGAUUUGAUGAUAUCAUUAAAUGUUUAUGAAGCAAGCA